AUGUCAUCGCGACCAUUCGAUAUCCCAAUUCCUGACGAACCAAGGGAUCCAUUUCCAAUUGUUACAGAUUAUUAUUGUGACAUUGUAUGUGGGUUUGGACGUGGUUCAAAAGACCUUGGAGUCCCCACUGCCAAUGUCGAGAUGUCACAAUUGCCUGCUUCAAUGAACUCAUUAGAUUUAGGAGUCUAUUUCGGAUUUGCUCAACUAAGACCAGUAGAUAAGACUACAUCAAGAGUGAACAGAAAAGAUGGUAAAGAAGUUGAAUACAAUUAUGGUGAACAUUUAAGCGAGAAAAGAGGCGAGCUUGAUGUCUUACCAAUGGUUUUAUCUGUUGGGAAGAAUCCAUUUUAUGGAAAUGAUUUCAAGACUGCUGAACUUCAUAUUUUGCAUAACUUUUCGCAUAACUUUUAUGGUGCUCAAGUCAAAUUCAAUAUCUUGGGACAUAUUAGACCUGAACUAAAUUAUACCACUAAGGAAGCCCUUAUAAAAGAUAUCAAUACCGAUAUUGAUAUUGCCAAACGAACACUUGAAUCUGUGAACUAUAUCAAAUUUAAAGACCAAUUUUAG